UCAGCUCAAUCUGUAACAGGGGAGGGCACGGGGUAGCAUUAUUUACUCCAAGCACAGUGUAUGGCAUCAAAGAACUACAUAGGGACCAUCCGUGACAUCGUAACGCAUACUCAUUUUACUGUGAUACGGACACGGGAGAUACUGACAAGGGAUGAAUUCUCUUCCACCGUGUGGAUGCGCCCUAACCGUGUCCAAUGGAUCUCCCCGGCAUCAGCAACACGACCGUGGACAACAUGUCAGGUUCGGGCUUCAUUUUAGAGAUUGUGAGCAUCAAACCCGUUGUAAACAGCAACUAUACAGCCGGGGGCGAGAUGAACCGCAACCCCCCAGUGUGGAGUUCGGAGGGGAACUCGGUUCUCCAGGGCAUCGCGGUGGCCGCGCAGGCGCUGCUCCUCCUGGCCAUCUUCUUACUGUCCAGUCUGGGUAAUUCAGCGGUCGUGGUGGUUAUAAUCAAACACAGGCAGUUGAGAACGGUCACUAACGCUUUCAUCACGUCCCUCUCCCUCUCUGAUUUUCUCACGGCCGUUCUUUGUUUACCCUUCUCCUUCUUGAUGCUCUUCAGCAAGGAUGGCAGUUGGAUGUUUGGGGAGCCCUUCUGCAUCGCCAACGGGUUCUUUAACGCCUGUUUCGGCAUUAUCUCCACCUUGACCAUGACUCUCAUCUCAUUCGACAGGUAUUACGCUAUCGUCAGGCAGCCGCAAGCCAAAAUCGGCCGGAGGAGAGCGAUCCAGCUCCUGGUGGCCGUUUGGUUCUCCGCUGUACUCUUCUCGUUUCCUUGGUACCUGCUUAUGGAGACCUCCGGGCGCCUGGUGGUGCACAAACAGGGCUUUUACCAUUGCAUGUAUGUGUUCCACUCGGGCACCUCUAGGAUGGGCACCACCUACAGUAUCGCUUUAAUAGUAGUGUGUUACUUGCUUCCCUUUGCCCUCAUGUGCUUCUGCCACUAUAACAUCUGUAAAACCGUCCGGCUGUCGGAGAUCAGGGUACGGCCGGUGACCACUUACGCGCACCUGUUGCGCUUCUACAGCGAGAUGCGCACCGCCACCACCGUGCUCAUCAUGAUCGUGUUCAGCAUCUUCUGCUGGGGCCCUUACUGUCUGAUGGGCAUCAUCACCGCGCUUGGGAGAUACUCUUUUAACCCCGCUAUGGAUACUUUGGCCAUUUGGAUGGCGUGGGCUAACGGUGCCAUCAACCCGUUGAUUUAUGCCAUAAGGAACCCGAAUAUAUCCAUGCUGUUGGGCCGGAGCAGAGAGGAGGGAUACAGGACUAGAAACAUCGCUGCGUACCUGUCCACGCAGACGCAGCGCAGGGACACGGUCCGGACUCGGGCCGACCGGAUUCGGGACCGGUACGUGAGCCGGCACGGGGCAAACAGCCGCCUGUCUUCCUCCAGCCCGGCCAAUGGGGGAGAUGUGGCCAUGUGGGCCUGUAAAAACCCGGCGGUGUUCUUCUGCAGAGAUGCGCAUCCGGAUACAAUCACUGAACCCGCGGUGGCCAAAGUUGAGACUGCUGACACCAGUUUGUAAUGCGCUCACACUUUAUGAUGACUUUGUAAUUUUAUAUAAAUAAAGUAACUUUGUCACUUUAACGAAGGGAGGUGCUACAGGUGGGCCCAAAC